ACAUUUAACCUUUUUACUUGUGUUUUCUCUCAUUCCUCGCCACCCCUAUAUCUUCUCUCCUUUCCACUUGCAAACCUCAUAUAUUAUCGUUUUUCUUCUUUAUAUACUCUCUUUGUCACCAUCUGGGUUCUUCUUCUUCUUUAGUUGGUUGUUGGUUUUUGGUGAUGAUGAUGACUAUGGCGGUGAAAGAUGAGUGGAUUCGGGCGGCGAUGACGGACGACAACGUGGUGGUGGAAUUACUUGUAAUGCUCAAACAAGCGCAGGCUGCGCCACCGGCUCCGAAAUCUGCGGUGGUUGCACUCAAAUGGGGGAUACGUCAGCCGAGGUCUAAGUCUAUAUCGAUGCGAUGCGAGGCCAAGAGACACGGAGAUUUCAACGUCAGCACUAGACGUAGCCCCACAACGCCUCUUUCUUGGAGCGGCGGCGGCGGCGCUGCCUCUCCUUCCGCGGCCGACGGCUUUGAAGAGACCAGUAAACAAGCCUCUCGCUCCCCAUCAGCCGCACCUUCCAGAUCCAAGGGUACUGCUGGCAAUGAAACCACUAGCACAACUACCAAGAGAUCGAGAAGGAAGAAGACAUUUGCUGAACUUAAGGAGGAGGAGAGUCUGCUUUUGAAGGAAAGGGUUUGUUUGGAAAAGGAGAUGGCGUCUAUGCGUGCUACUUGUAAAGAACAGAGAGCCAGGAAUGAGAACUUGAAAAGAAUUAAGCUUGAUUUGAACUUGCAAACAGCAAAAAAUGAAGUUGAGGAAGUACCUUCUUGUUUACCCCGUCAGAGAGUCCCCUCGACACAUGCCCUUGAUAAUUGUAAAGGACUGUUAGAUUCUUGCAAUGCAGGGAAAGCUGUACUGCCUGAUCUAAAUAUGAUGCCUGUUGAAGAUGAUUCCAUCACCGAGACUUUAUCUGGCACCACCUGAAAAAGAUGAUUUGACUACUUUAACCCUUCUCGCAGCAGAAGGUUGUGGGAAUCCGGUGGUGACUUGCAGGAAAAUAGUGACACUGGCCUAGGCAAUGAGCUAUGUGCUGAUUAACUAUACUGGUUGAUACUCGGGUCAAGCAAC